AGAAGAGAGCAGGAGAUUGACUUGCUGUCUGAUAGCAAGGCUAGUGUAACGUUACAGCAUUUACUGUUGUGUAAUUGACGUAAGUUAUCUUGUAACAAGUCUUAUUGACUAAAAUAGCUAAUGUUAGAAGUAGAAACGCAUUUGAUCCUAUUUGAGAAUGAGCUGAAUAGAUAUUCGUCUUCGUAGAUUGUUAGGCAAGCGAGUUUUUUUUACUAGGUUUAGUUUAAAGUCAGUUUUUGUGGGUAGAUCAUUACGUUUUUAUUUAUUCCGACAAGCUUACUUGUUAUAGGCUUACGCCAGCUACCAAGAGGUAAUGUUAGCCAGCGAGCUAUAGCUCUGUGCCAUUUUGCGGCUCACUGAAUAAGUAAUAACGCUACCCUGGUGCAUGUUUUACCAGUAUUGUUGUUAUUUCCAAUAGUGGUUUUAUUUAAAGCAUUCUAAAGAACCCUUCUGGUUGCUAAAAUUGUAAACAUUCAAAUGACUUCCAUAACAUGCAGCGUUUUUGUUUUAAUUGGCAAGCUUCGCUCUGUAUGUAAUGAACCGAUUCAACAUGAAUUGCUUGCAUAGUUGUCGCCUCAACUGACUGUUCCUUCCCAAGCAGUCUCCGUCCUCCAAAGAAGAGUGGCUGUUUGUGGUAGCAACAUUUUUUUUUUAAUCUGUGCAAUCCAGCCAACGCUCUGUUUUGUAUUUCUUUUCUUUUUUUAUUCUUUCGCUGUCGUAAAGGAUAAGGAGAUUAAACCUCAGCACCCAGAUCGAAAGAGCAAAAGGAUUGGGUCGAAGAGUGUUUUCCUCCGACUGAAGACUGGGCUUUGUCCGAGCGCCUGUGUGCUGGGAGGGGUGGCGGGCCGUUGCUCAUCUACUCGGAUUACUGGAAAACGCCAGAUUUCCUGGAUUUCCCCUUUGAAAGGAUACAUUGAAGAUGUAUCCACAAGGCCGACAUCCGGCGCCUCAUCAGCCAGGUCAGCCUGGAUUCAAAUUCACUGUUGCAGAGUCUUGCGAUAGGAUCAAAGACGAGUUUCAAUUCCUGCAAGCCCAAUACCACAGUCUGAAGGUGGAGUAUGACAAACUGGCCAACGAAAAGACAGAGAUGCAGCGCCAUUACGUCAUGUAUUAUGAGAUGUCUUAUGGGCUGAAUAUCGAAAUGCACAAACAGACAGAGAUUGCCAAGCGCCUCAAUGCCAUUCUUGCUCAAAUCAUGCCUUUCCUGUCACAAGAGCACCAACAGCAGGUAGCUCAGGCUGUUGAGCGUGCCAAGCAAGUGACAAUGACCGAGCUGAAUGCCAUCAUCGGGGUACGUGGACUUCCCAAUCUGCCUCUCACCCAACAGCAACAUGCUGUCUACCCAGCCCUGAUGCAGCAGCAGCUUCAGGCACAGCACCUCUCCCACGCUGCUCACGGCCCGCCUAUCCAGCUGCCCCCGCACCCCUCGGGCCUCCAGCCCCCUGGCAUCCCGCCCGUCUCGGGCUCCGGCUCGGGCUUGCUGGCCCUGGGAGCCCUGGGCAGCCAACCCCACCUCCCCGUCAAGGACGAGAAGAACCACCAUGACAUGGAACACAGAGAGCGUGAGUCUAGCACGAAUAAUUCCGUGUCCCCGUCAGACAGCCUGCGAGCCAGCGACAAGCACAGAGGAUCCUCCGACUACAGCCUGGACUCAAAGAAGCGCAAAGUCGAGGAGAAAGACAGCAUGAGCAGAUAUGAUAGCGAUGGAGACAAGAGUGACGAUCUGGUAGUAGAUGUGUCCAAUGAGGAUCCCGCCACCCCCAGAGCCAGCCCCGCCCACUCCCCUCCAGAGAACGGGCUGGACAAAUCGCGAGCCCUGAAGAAAGACGCUCCCAACAGCCCCGCCUCCGUGGCCUCCUCCGGCAGCACCCCCUCCUCCAAAGCCAAGGAGCACUCCCAUAAUGACAAGUCCUCCACACCGGGUCUGAAGUCCAACACCCCCACACCACGCAACGAUGCUCCCACACCCGGAACCAGCACCACCCCUGGGCUCCGGCCCAUUCUGGGCAAGCCCCCUGGGAUGGAAGCACUGGUCUGCCUGUCUGCUUCUCUCCCCUUCCCAGCAGCCCCUGCUCUGCGGACCCCGCUGAUCCCCGGCUCGUACGCCACCCCCUUCGCCAUGAUGGGCCACCACGAGAUGAACGGCUCGCUGACCAGCCCAGGGGUCUACGCCGGCCUCCACAUCUCCCCCCAGAUGAGCGCUGCUGCUGCGGCCGCCUAUGGCCGGUCACCCAUGGCGGGGUUUGAUCCACAUCCUCACAUGCGAGCUCCAGGCCUCCCCACCAGCCUCAGCUCCAUCUCCGGAGGAAAGCCUGCCUACUCCUUCCACGUGAGCGCAGACGGGCAGAUGCAGCCAGUGCCCUUUCCCCCGGACGCGCUGAUCGGCCCGGGCAUCCCGCGUCACGCCCGCCAGAUCAACACGCUGAGCCACGGCGAGGUGGUGUGCGCUGUCACCAUCAGCAACCCCACGCGCCACGUCUACACCGGCGGCAAGGGCUGUGUCAAGAUCUGGGACAUCAGCCAGCCGGGCAGCAAGAGCCCCGUUUCUCAGCUGGACUGCCUGAACCGCGACAACUACAUCCGCUCGUGUAAGCUGCUGCCGGACGGGCGCACGCUCAUCGUGGGCGGUGAGGCCAGCACGUUGACCAUCUGGGACCUGGCCUCGCAGACGCCGCGCAUCAAGGCCGAGCUCACCUCCUCGGCGCCCGCCUGCUACGCCCUGGCCAUCAGCCCCGACGCCAAGGUCUGCUUCUCUUGCUGCAGCGACGGCAACAUCGCCGUCUGGGACCUGCACAACCAGACGCUGGUCAGGCAGUUCCAGGGCCACACUGACGGAGCCAGCUGCAUCGACAUCUCCCACGACGGGACCAAGCUGUGGACGGGCGGCCUGGACAACACGGUGCGCUCCUGGGACCUGAGGGAGGGCCGGCAGCUGCAGCAGCAUGACUUCACAUCCCAGAUCUUUUCUCUGGGCUACUGUCCUACGGGCGAGUGGCUGGCCGUGGGCAUGGAGAGCAGCAACGUGGAGGUGCUCCACCACACCAAGCCGGACAAGUAUCAGCUGCACCUGCACGAGAGCUGCGUCCUCUCGCUCAAGUUUGCCUACUGUGGUAAAUGGUUCGUGAGCACGGGGAAGGACAAUCUACUGAACGCCUGGAGGACUCCCUACGGCGCCAGCAUAUUCCAGUCAAAGGAAUCCUCUUCGGUCCUGAGCUGUGACAUCUCUGCGGAUGACAAGUACAUUGUGACGGGCUCUGGCGACAAGAAGGCCACUGUUUACGAAGUGAUCUACUAAAGCGGGCAGCCAAGGACUAGAGCACUUCUUCCUUCAGCUUGGAAAAGGGGAGUUGCUCACCCUCUACUCCUCCCCUUGCACUCAACUCCUUACAACAGGACCUCCUCCUCCGUUGGGCUACGGACGUAGACAACCGGUCAGCUCUGGAUUGUUAAGAGGCGGCAAUUUUCCUUUGCCUCGUCUCUUCCAGUGGAUUUUGGCUUCAGUUUUCAGUAGAGGCUUGCAUAAAUAGCUAACACUUCCACCCCGAGUGCAGCUCCUUUGGCACUAAAGAAGUAAAUAUUGUCAUGCUGUUUUGAAUAUUUUUGGGGGUCUUCUCAUGGGGUCGUGUGCUCAUCUUCCUGAUUCAUUCUCUUUUUUUUUUUUUUUUUUUUUUUUUUUUUUGCUCUCUUUUUUUUUUUUACAAAAUGAGAAUGUUCUGUGAUGUUAUAUGAAGCGGUGCUUCAUUUUUAAACCGUGCUCCUCGGACGUCUUGUGAAAAGUGUAAAUACUGGAGUAAUAAAGACAUUUUAUAAAUAUAUAUAUUAAAUAUAUAUAUAUUUUCAUGUCCUGGUAUACUUGUGAUGGUUUCCUUUGUUCCCAUCUCCUAAAUGCUUGCAUCGAAAGUAGGUUAGAGGAUUCUUUUUUUUUCUUUUUUCGAGCCUCUUUUUUUUUUUGUAAGCACAAUCUCCAGGCUGACCUUUUCCUGAAAUGUCUCUCUUGGAAAAAAAAGGAAAAAAAGAAGAAAAAAAAUCACACAAGAACUUCUCUGAGCCGGAACAUUUUACAGAGAUUGAAACGUCUUUUUUUGGAGACGUCCUUUGGAUGUGAGCGGUGAGAUGAAUGCCCCUGGACAAACUCUCGCUGCUUCCUGUACUGAGCUGGGGGACACACACUCACGCUGACGCAGGACAUGGACAAGUGAGAGAGAAGCGUGCGUUCAGAGACCUUGUAAAUGAAUCCUUAUCAUUAAACGUUAAGUUAACUAACCGUACUGCUUGUCUGUGCCCUUUUGCCCUGUCUCUUGUAUUCUUUGGAUAUGGAAGUGGGAAGUCUGGACAAAAUGUAAACUGUAAAGGAGAACAGCAACCCCUCUAUCCUACUGGAGUGGAGGACUGUGAAAACCCUGUUGACUGAGUCAACUCACCGACAGAAUGCUUUGGCUGGUCUGUCACGCUGAAAUGAUUGGAUUGUGGAGUUCGUUCGUGACAGACUUUAGUGAGUUGCAGGCGGCCUUCCCUCUUUCUGGACUGCUCCCUCUCUUCCAUCUCUGACACUGAUUUGUGUAAACAAUGUUGUCCAAGAGUGAUUGUAGUUUGAAAUCCGGCUGUGUUUUCCAUCGGGUUGAGCCAAUGUUAGGCGUCCAGGCGUGUUCCAGGCUCACUUGACUUUGGUGUUCUUGAGUGCCUGAAGCACAGGGGGGAUUGUGUGGAAAGAGGACCUUUUUUUUAACUUAAAUACGAAGUAUGAGGUAGGAAGUGGUGUAAUGGUAAAAAUCCUAAUUGGGCCUCUGUAAAAGUGUUCGGCAUCAGUCUUUGUGUCCUGAUCGCUGAUUUUUGCCCCCUUCCCCAUCUGCCUUUCUUUCAGUAAGGACCUCUCAAAAUCACACCAAAGUAUGUAGCAAACUGUGUCAGCACUGAAGAUGUACAGUUGUUAAUAAUUCAAUAAACUGUUUUUGUAGAAA